GAGAGAUCUGUAGCAAUAGGUACAACAAAUUAAUUAUUAAUAAUACCUCUAAUAUUAUAAGAGAACAGGAUUAAAUAAUACUGCUUCAUGGUCAUCUUUGAUCUAAUGAGUAAUGAGUAUCGUUAACCAGAAUUUUGUCGUUAUCACAGUAGAAUUCUAUCUUGGUUACAAUGCAUUUAACAUUUCCUAUUUUCAUUUUCAUGGUGGCAGAUUUUAUGUGGCAGAAAUCCUGCUUGCUCUAGAAUAUUUACACAUGCUUGGGGUAGUAUAUCGUGACCUGAAGCCAGAAAACGUUCUUGUGAGGGAUGAUGGACAUAUAAUGCUCUCGGAUUUCGACCUUUCACUUCGUUGUGUUGUCAGCCCAACAUUGGUCAAGGCCUUAUCAUUGGAAUCCGAACCCCUGAGUAAAAACCCUGUGUAUUGUGUCCAGCCAGCUUGCAUUGAACCUGCGUGCAUUCAGCCAUCAUGUGUGGUUCCAACAUCAUGCUUCUCUCCUCGUCUCUUUUCAAGGAAAUCCAAAAAGGAUGGGAAGCAUAAAAAUGAAAUUGGAAACCAAGUUAGCCCAUUACCUGAGCUGAUGGCUGAACCAACCAAUGCUCGGUCAAUGUCAUUCGUGGGAACCCAUGAAUACCUGGCACCUGAAAUCAUCAAAGGUGAAGGUCAUGGAAGUGCAGUGGAUUGGUGGACUUUUGGGAUUUUCCUAUAUGAACUUUUGUUUGGCAAAACUCCAUUUAAAGGAUCUGGCAAUCGAGCCACAUUGUUUAAUGUUGUUGGACAACCUCUCAGAUUUCCAGAAUCACCGGUUGUUAGUUUUGCUGCAAGGGAUUUGAUCAGGGGUUUGCUUGUGAAAGAACCACAACACAGAUUAGCUUAUAAACGUGGUGCAACUGAGAUUAAGCAGCACCCUUUCUUUGAAGGAGUUAAUUGGGCUUUGAUACGUUGUGCCACCCCUCCCGAUAUCCCAAAGCCUGUCGAGUUUGAAAGUUUACCAGUUCCAGCUGCAACAAAGAACGAGAAGACUGCUCUUCCUGUAGCUAUUUCAGAUCAGAAAAGUGAAAAAUAUCUAGAGUUCGAUUUCUUCUAGGUAAUAGCAGUAUUAUUGGGAUUUGUUUUCAAUAAUGGAGAAACUUGACAUAUUUAGAAUCUUUCUGGGUUGUGCUUCAUCUACUAUUAUUCUGUACUUUCUUCUUUUAACCGCGUGAAGUUCGCAAAGCGUGACCAGGCUUCUUGCUGCCUGUAAGAGUCAACGAUUGCCUAUCAAUGAAUGCUAGAAAAGGGUCUUGGGAAGGUCCUUUCGUCAACAUCCCUGGUUACAACACUAUCUCUUUAUUUGACUAAAUAGGACUUUUCAUUUCAUGGAAGUUUCAGAAACAUGAGAUUCUUACACAUGAAACAAGUUUGUGGUAUUAGUAGGUUGUGAAAGCAUGAUUUGCAUUGCAUUUGGCCAGCGGCCACAGGAUGAACUUUAGAAUUUUGAGUGUUUUGUAUAAUGUUUUUGGACAAUUUCUUGAAGAUUUUCUUAAAAUUCAAGACAUUGUACGGCCAAAGAUUAGAUGCACCCCUCAAGUUUGUAGCCUUUA